GCUCUGAGAGUAGAUACAGAGUUUCCCUGUUCUAUAGAUGCCAAAUGUUUUACAAAGAACACAAAGCCUAUUAACCCACAGACAGGUAAGGCAGGUGAGAGGCCAUUUCCAUGUUCUAAGUGUGGGAAAUAUUUUACAUACAAAUCAGCUCUUGUUACACAUCAGAGAAGGCACACAGGUGAGAAGCCAUUUACAUGUUCUAAGUGUGGUCAAUGUUUUACAUACAAAACGACUCUUGAUGCACAUAAGAGAAGUCACACAAGUACAUCACCAUUUCCAUGUUCUGAGUGUGGGAAAUAUUUUGCACAGAAAUCACAACGUGCUAGACAUCAGAGAAGUCACACAAGUGAGAGGCCAUUUCCAUGUCCUGAGUGUUGUAAAUGGUUUGCACAGAAAUCAGAUGUUGUUAAACAUCAGAUAAGUCACACAGGUGAGAGGCUAUUUCCAUGUUCUGAGUGUGGGAAAUGGUUUGCACGGAAAACAGAUCUUGUUAAACAUCAGAGAAGUCACACAGGUGAGAAGCCAUUUUCUUGCUCUGAGUGUGCAAAAUGUUAUACUCGGAAAGCACAACUUGUUAUACAUCAGAGAAGUCACACAGGUGAGAAGCCAUUUCCAUGUUCUGAGUGUGGGAAAUGGUUUGCACACAAAUCAGAUCUUGUUAGUCAUAACAGAAGUCACACAGUGGAGAAUCCUAUUUCUUGCUCUGAGUGUGGGAAAUGUUUUACACGGAAAUCACAACUUGUUACACAUCAGCGAAGUCACACAGGUGAAAGGCCAUUUCAAUGUCCUGAGUGUGGGAAAGGGUUUGCACAGAAAUCAAAUCUUGUUAGACAUCAGAGAAGUCACACAGGUGAGAAGCCAUUUCCAUGUUCUGAAUGUGGGAAAUGUUUUGCACACAAAUCAGAUCUUGUUAGUCAUAACAGAAGUCACACAGUGGAGAAUCCAAUUUCUUGCUCUGAGUGUGGGAAAUGUUUUACACGGAAAUGCCGCCUUGUUAUACAUCAGAGAAGUCACACAGGUGAGAAGCCAUUUCCAUGUUCUGAGUGUGGGAAAUGUUUUGCACUCAAAUCAUCUCUUGUUAGACAUCACAUAAGUCACACAGGUGAGAAGCUAUUUUCUUGCACCGAGUGUGGGAAAUGUUUUACACAGAAAUCACAUCUUGUUAGACAUCAGCAAAGUCACACAUGUGAGAAUCCAUUUCCAUGCACUGAGUGUGGGAAAUGUUUUACACAGAAAUCACAACUUGUUACACAUCAGAGAAGUCACUCAGGUGAGGAACCAUUUUAAUCUUCUGGAGUAUACUUAUCAUUGCCAGGCGUUGUUCUUCAAGGUUCUUAUCCUAUCUCGUAUGCUUUUUGCAAUAUACAUGCUACCACUGGGGGAAAUAAUCAGAUGUCAUGCCCUCAUCUGCCACUGCUAUACAGAUGACCUGUCUUUUACUCCGUGUACCGAGAACCCAGUACCAAUCCUAAAUGGUUGUCUAGCUGAGCUCCAGGUGUGGGUGAUGCCAGUUGGCUGUGACUCAGUCCUGGUGAAACAUGUCAUUAUGAUAGAAGUUCACCAACAAAGGGCAGGGCUACAGCUCAGCUUUGCAAACCAACCAGACUUAUGCUUGGGGGUUCAGAGUUACAAAAUGCUGAUCCUGUGCGGAAUCUAGGUGUCCUGGAUGGUGGAGUGACACUUAGACAUCAGGUAUCAGCCACAAUCAGAUCCUCAUCUGAGGAACAUAGCCAGACUCCAGCACUUAUUUCCCUCAGAAGAUCUACCUGAUGUCAUACAUGCACUUGUAUCCUCCCAUUUAGACUACUGCAAUGUCCUCUACCUGGUCUCCCAGCAAUAGAAUUGCACCACUUGUAGCUUGUAUAGAGUGCAGCAGCCAGGCUGUUACCUAACCAGCCCGUUCCUGCCACAUAACACCCAUUCUCUGCUCCCUUCACCGGCUGCCUGUAAGAUGGUGACUCUGGGCCUAAUUCAGGUUGGACUGCAGUGUGAUCGAAAUGGAAUUAUUCAGAAAAAGUUGCGGAUGCAUGCGCAGUGCCAAUCCUGCGCAUGCGCCCGCAUAUUCUGCAGAAAAUGCGAUUGCGUGUCAGGCAGAGGCAGUCACCUAGGGUGAGCGGGCAAUGCUCAUUUCCAGGGAGGAGGCGGUGUUGCGCGAAUGGAGGGCAGAGGCGGACAAGCGGGCAUCAUCACGGUGGCUUUGUGACAUCACAUGCAGCCGCUGUGAUUGAGAAGAAUGCGGCGGGCCUCCUGCGGUAGCAGCUAAGCUGCGGCAGCAGGAGGCUUCACUAAUUUCUACGAUGAAGCGGAAAUGGUGAGGCAAUCGCAAUUUCUGUUUCAUCAAGGGGGUAGGCGGCGGUCAGCAUGCUGGGUGGCCUUGCCCUGUGAUGGGGAGACAUGGUGGUUGGCAGUAGCGGGGGCUGCUGGAGGCAGUGUCUAAGUGGGUAAUAUUGUCCCCAAGCAGCGCUGAGGUGUCAGUGGGGA